AAGAUGAGUCACGGUGCGAUAAGAACCGUCCGCGGUCAUAUUUCUUGGAAUUAUCUCUUUUGUGAAAAAUGGUUUGCCAUGGUUUGAAAAGCGUCUCAUCUUUGUAAUUUCCGUGUUUGUCCGUGUUUCCCAACCCAUCGUUUUUUCUUCGUCGAACCAAACAUCGAUUUUGCGUAUUCAUCAUGUCUGAAGAGGCUGAUGUUCGUUCGAUACUGUCUCGAGCGCUGGAUGCCGAUGAAGCUGGCCGUAAAGAGGAAGCCAUUGACCUCUACGGAGAGGCGGUGGAAAAGAUCCUUCGCCUGCAGGAUCGAGAAAAACGAGAAAAGUUGAAUAAGUUUGCCUUAAACGCGUUGGAACGAGCCGAGAAACUGAAAGGAAUCACUUACGCUCCAAAGCAAACACCACCGGCCCGACCGCCAACGACUCUUUCUCCGGGUUUGCCAACUGCAGCCCUCAAACCAGUGCAGAGCAGCCCCGGAGCAUUAGCAAGUCCAUCCCGCUCGCAGCCGGCGCUGGAGAUCAGCGGAAGUAAUCAUGGAUACAGCAACGAAGAGAAGCGUGUGCUUGAGCAUACCUCACACAUCAACGCCAAAGUGUACGUACCCUUCAUGGACAUGGAUCUGCACGAGAAGUUCCACUUUCCAUUACCGUUCACCGAUAAGGAUGGUCCGCUCGAGUUGGCCCCGAAGCAGAAACGCGAUUUCGUCCAGUGGAUUCGUGUUAGCGAGUUAGCCGAACACCCGCAGCUGAUCGUGGGCGAUCAUGCCGAUUUCUAUAGCAUCCGGCAGACGAUCGUUUCGGAUUGCAGCUUUGUAGCCUCACUGGCAGUGGCGUCCCAGUUCGAGAAGCGGUUCAAGCGACGCAUCCUAACAUCGAUCAUCCAUCCACGGAAUAGUCGUGACGAACCGGUGUACAAUCCGAGUGGAAAGUACUCGAUCCGCAUGCACGUCAACGGUAUCCCACGGAAGGUGGUCAUCGACGACUACUUGCCGCUCGGUCGUUACAAUCAGCUGCUCUGUUCGUACUCGAGCAACAAGAAUGAGUUCUGGGUGUCGCUGCUCGAGAAGGCGUACAUGAAACUGAUGGGAGGAUAUGACUUUCCUGGUUCCAACAGUAAUAUCGAUUUGCAUGCACUGACGGGAUGGAUUCCGGAGCGUGCGUUGGUGAAAUCGCAUGAACCAGAUUUCAAUGCAGAUGCCGUGUUCGAGCGGCUACGGGAAGGAUUGAGUUUGGGACGAUGUCUCGUGACGGUGGCCACAGGUGAACUUUCCGAUGCCGAGGCCGAACGGACCGGGCUCGUUUCAACACACGCGUAUGCCGUACUCGAUAUGCGUGUCGUAAAUGGCGUAAAGCUAUUGCAGCUGAAGAAUCCCUGGUCACAUCUGCGCUGGCGAGGCAACUAUUCCGAACUGGAUGCCGUUCACUGGACGCCCGAGCUGCAACGUGAACUCAAUUACGAUCCAAAGCUUGCGGCUACGUACGAUAAUGGUGUGUUUUGGAUCGAUUUCCGAUCGAUCAUCAACUUCUUCGACGUGUUCUAUCUGAACUGGGAUCCGGCGCUGUUCCAGUACACGUACUGUAUCCACCAAUCGUGGAGUGCCGGUGUUGGACCGACAAAAGACGCGUACAAUGUUGGUGAUAACCCACAGUUCAGUCUCACAGUGCCAGCUGGUCAUGGUUCGGUGUGGAUAUUGCUUACACGGCACAUCACCAGCAUUGAGGAUUUUCGUGAAAACCACGAGUACAUCACGGUGCUAGUGUACGCAAGUGGCGGCAAACGCGUUUACUAUCCCACCGAACCACCACCGUACAUCGAUGGAGUGCGCAUCAACAGUCCGCACUAUCUGUGCAAGAUCCGGCUCGAUCCAAAUGCUGAGCGGCGUUACACACUCGUUGUGUCUCAGUACGAAAAGACGGCCACCAUCUAUUACUCGCUGCGAGCGUACUGUAGGACACGGUUCGAGCUAAAGCAGCUCGAGCGGCGAUACACAACGGUCGAAAAUCUCAACGGAGAGUGGAAGGGCAAAACGGCGGGCGGAUGUCUGAAUCAUCCAUUAACGUAUCGUAAUAAUCCGGUCUACCGACUACACGUUGGACCUGCGGCGACAAGCAAUUUAGUUAUCGAACUUCGCGGUCCAAAGGACUAUCAGGUAGGGUUGGAACUGACGGUAGUUUCACUGGAAGAUUCCACAGUGACCGCUCCGUUCGUAUCGCAAAAGACUGGCGUUUAUCGGUCCGGAUUCUGCGUGUUGGACCUGGAAGGGAUCCCAGCCGGUGUGUAUCAGGUUCGUCCAUCCACCUUUUUACCCGAACAGGAAUCACCAUUCUUUCUUAAGGUGAAAUCUUCAACAAAUGUGGUGAUAGAGAAGCUAAACUGAAGAGUUACGUGAACGUAUCGCGCAGUACUUCUAGGCUUCUUUUGUAGAUUCCUUUUUUUAAUGUUGGCAUCAUUUUGUUAAUCUCUGUUCAUCGAAUGUUUGUUAAAGCAUUAAUUAUUUUUAUCAAGCUGUUUCACAAACCUUUAACAAUAUCUAUCAAUAAACAAAACUAUUAAGUCUCACGUAUCUAUAUAAUUGGUACAC